AUGAUUGCUAUAAUUGAUAUUGAUGCAACGCAUUCGUUUAUUUCCAUUGAUUAUGUCGACAAGUUGAAUCUUGAAGUGUCUUCUAUGAUUGAAAGUAUGGUCAUUGAUACCCCAACUAAUGUUUCAGUGACUACUUCUUUGAGUUCAACUGUGUAUAUCAACUUCUUUGACAAGACUGUGUUGUUUACCAAACCCAACGAGAGUACGAUUUUGAGGCUAGUAUCCGUUGGUCAAGUUGAGAUGUCUUUGGGGGAAGGAGAUCAUGUGUCCGUAAUGUUUGCUGCCUUGAGAGUAGAUGACGAUGUUGUGGCUAGUGAUAUGUCUGUGGAGCGAGAAGUAGAGUUCGCCAUAGAUUUAGUACCUGGUACUAGACCUAUCUCAAUGGCACCAUAUAGGAUGCAUGCAACAGAGUUGAGUGAGCCGAAGAAGCAGUUAGAAGAUCUGCUUGAGAAGAAGUUUUUCAGACCUAGUGGGAAGCUUCUGUAA